GGUUUGUUUGUUGUUUACCUGUUUAACCCCGGCUUUUCUUUGUCCUCAGACUCCUCGUCGUCCUCCUCCUUCAGGGACUACCUCCUCUCGUCUCCCGACAGCGACCUUUUCCACGUUGUCAUUUACCUGGCUCCAGGUGACUACCACUGCUUCCAUUCGCCCACAGACUGGAGGGUGGAGCUUCGGCGUCACUUUCCAGGCUCGUUAAUGUCGGUGAACCCAGGCGUUGCUCGUUGGAUCAAAGAGCUCUUUUGCCUUAACGAGCGUGUGGUUCUCACCGGCCAAUGGCAGCAAGGCUUCUUCUCAUUAACGGCGGUCGGUGCCACGAAUGUCGGUUCAAUCAGAAUUUACUUUGACCAGGAGCUUCAGACCAACACACCUCGUUACAGUAAAGGCUCCUUUCAUGAUCACAGCUACAUUGCUGACCAGACGGUGAAGUUUGCUGGUGAAGGGGGCGUGGCCUUACAGAAGGGAGAGUCGGUCGGGGAGUUUAACCUGGGCUCCACCAUCGUUCUGCUUUUCGAGGCCCCCAAAGACUUCAGCUUCAACCUGCAGCCUGGCCAACGAAUCAGAGUGGGAGAAGGCCUCGGCAGCCUCUAAUUGGAUGACUUACAGGCUCAGGGGGCAGGGCCGGAUCAGAGACAGAUUUUAAGAGAGGAGUUUUAGGAAUUCUGGGUAUUUUUCUCUGCGGAGGACUCGAAAUGGAUGCUUAUCACAACAAGCACGCAGACUCCCAGAAUGCCUUGUGCCUGUGAGCGGGAAAUGCCAAACCCCUCCCUCUCUGUCCCUCUCACUCAGAGACUCGACCAGCAGCUGAACACAUUUCUGUUUGAAUGUUUCAAACUUUAUUGCUCACAGGUUUUUGUUAGCAUCAGCUAGCUCACAUCUGAUUGGAGGCCAGUGAUUGGUUGAAGGGUUAUUAUUACUAAUUUGUCUCAUUAAUCUUGUUUUUUGUUUUUUUUGUUUUUUUUGUGGGAUUUAAAUGUGACACCU